GAGCCGAGGCUCUGGCUGUUUAUUGUUCCUGUGUGAGUGAGUGAGUGCACCGACAGAGGAAAAAACAGGCUAACGAGCAGUCAGCUACUUUUUCUUACGGUUAACGGUCGCUUUUAAGAAGGUGUAACGGUCGAGACAGCUGACUGCACCACCCAGGGGCCAUGGCGUACGCGUACCUCUUCAAAUAUAUCAUCAUCGGGGACACGGGUGUGGGAAAGUCAUGUCUAUUACUACAAUUCACAGACAAGAGGUUUCAGCCAGUUCACGACCUCACCAUUGGUGUGGAGUUUGGAGCGAGGAUGAUCACUAUAGAUGGCAAACAGAUCAAAUUGCAGAUCUGGGAUACGGCCGGUCAGGAAUCGUUCCGGUCCAUUACCAGGUCUUACUACAGAGGAGCAGCUGGAGCACUGCUAGUCUAUGACAUCACAAGAAGGGACACCUUCAACCACUUGACGACCUGGUUAGAGGAUGCCCGCCAACAUUCCAACUCCAAUAUGGUCAUCAUGCUCAUUGGCAACAAGAGUGACCUGGAGUCGAGGAGAGAGGUGAAGAAAGAGGAAGGAGAAGCAUUUGCCAGAGAACACGGCCUCAUAUUCAUGGAGACCUCAGCCAAGACUGCCUCUAAUGUAGAGGAGGCUUUCAUCAACACAGCCAAGGAGAUCUAUGAGAAGAUCCAGGAGGGAGUGUUUGAUAUCAACAAUGAGGCUAACGGUAUUAAGAUUGGACCCCAGCAUCCCACCACCAGCUCCAUACUGGCCAGUGGCCAGGGAGGCCAGCAGCCUGGAGGGGGCUGCUGCUGAAGCCCCAGAACACACCUUCUCCUCCUCCUCCAGUCCUGACCCUUCCUCACCCUCCUCCUCUCGGCCCUCUCCAACCUGCCCUUACGUUUCUACAGAACUGUCCAGGCUCACUAACAGUUAACCUCUCUCCCUCUCUUUCUCUCUGUCCCUCUCUCUCUUUAUUGCUCCUGUCUUUCAUCCAUCCCCUGUGUAUUCUUCUCUUUCCUGAGUCUCUUCACCAUCUCCAUUGGUCUGGGGGCUGCGUCCCCAUAAGUCACCCUGGUUUCCCACAGUCUUAUGAGGACAUAGUCAGCAUCACAUGCAGAUGUACCCAUGUACUUUAGAAGUUUUGUAGCUCAGUGUUUUCAGUUUUCUUUUGGUAGACGAAGAGAUUUUAAGCUUUUUAUCAAAAGUCACCCUUGCUGGAAUGUUUAGCAUUUUAUUUCAGCGCUUUAAUUUAAGCAUUUCCUCCCAAUUCAUGCGGAUGGUAAUGCGAUAUUUCAGUACUCCAGAAUCUUUGGCAAAGUUGAGCUGGUUUUGUCCGGAUAGAGACAGGACCGGAGGUAGAGGUUAUUCACUCUGAACAGCUGACGAUAUGGAAUUUACCAGGCGCCAUGUUGUGUUUAUACAUACAUCUGUACAUGUUUUUAAAGACGACGUUGAUAGCAGGACAUGUUUCUACAUGCUGAGUCAGUUUUCAUGCUGUGCCUGUGUGUAUAGGGACAAUACAUGUUUUCCAGUAUGUCAGCUCAUGAGGUGUGGGAAGGAUUCAAGUCACUCUGUAUUUUUUUUAUUUUAUUUUUUUUUUUGUCCAUAAAAAAUGUGCAAAUCAUGUAGACUUUGUCCUUCCUUUCCCUUAUUUCUUUACCCCGUGUUAUUUUGCUCUCUGUCGCUGUGCCCUUUUUGACUUGAAGAUGAUUUGUAUUUAAUGAACACUAAAAACUGCUUGUGGCUUAAAAAGUGUUUUAAAUCGCCUGGAGAGAGAAUAAAAGACCAAACUGUU